AAUAUUAUUCAUCCGUAAAGCCUAGUGGCCAGGUCUAGAGCAAGGUGUGCUUUGCACCCCAUUGCUGCGAUGAUUUAUUUUGCUGCUCCUAUGAAUUUUGACUGACAACUCGCAUGCACAAUGUGUUUGUGUGUGUGUGUGUGUGUGUGUGUGUGUGUGUGUGUGUGUGUGUGUAGCAGCAGCGCCAACAGCAUCAAGAAUUUGGGGCCGAUCCACCCGCGCGAUAUUUUGCCCCAGUCUGUGACCAGCACCAUUUCACGACCCAUUCAACGCUACCUACAUCCAGAACUAAACGUCGGUUUGCUCCUAUUGAUGACGUUUACCUACAAAUAUGAUGCUACAGUUCUCGAGACCUUUUCUUCAAUAAUGAUAUUCUUCAAUGCGUAAGGAGGAACAUUGUAAGGAUCUAAACGACUCAUCCGGAGAGUACUACUAGGUCUCGAUGCGGCGGGCGAGCCGAAUCCAAGGACUCCCGCUUUUCUCCAGUUCCUAGUUUCAGUGGGUCUCCCAAACAG